GCGGCGCCUUCACUCACUCAAUACUGUCUCAUACGAGACAACGGGUGUGCAAGAAGACAGAAACACAAGCCGAGAGCCUGUUAACGUCCGAAUAACGGAGGACACGUCGGGGAAGAAGAAAGGACACCGUGUAGGCAACAGAAACGCAUCAGGCCCGUGCAAGUCGAGAGGAGCUUGUUGGAUGUUAGCUUCCACGCUAGCUAGUAUCGUUAGCCGAACUAGCAAGCUAGCUUUUGUAAUCCGCCGGCCACACACACACUCGCACAAAACAGGCCGAACCCAGGCGAGGCAUACGACAGACUAGAAGAAAGGGACCGGCGGUGACGGGAGGCUGGUUCUGGAGGUGAGACCGGAGGACCAGACUCAAUGAGUUUCCAGCGAAAUGUCAGAGAAGUCAGGGCAGAGCACCAAGGCAAAGGAUGGCAAGACCAAGUAUGCAACCCUUAGCCUCUUCAACACAUACAAGGGCAAGUCUCUGGAGACCCAGAAAACUGCAGUUGCUGCCAGACAUGGGCUCCAGAGUUUGGGAAAGGUUGCCGUCAGUCGACGCAUGCCCCCCCCUGCCAACCUGCCCAGUUUGAAGGCAGAGAAUAAGGGCAACGACCCCAACGUUAACAUCGUCCCCAAGGACGGCAGUGGCUGGGCCUCCAGACCUGAGGGAGGAGACGAUAGGCAGUCUGAGACCCCCCCUCCCCAGCCUAAGCCCGCUGCCCCCCAACCCCCAGAGGUCUCGUCAUCUAUAGGGGGCAGCAGAUCCUGGGCCAACAGCAAGCCACCACCACAGCUAGAAGGAGGAGCCCCUCGUGUGAGCAGCCAGUUCCACCAGGAGUUCCCCAGUUUGCAGGCGGCUGGGGAGGCGGAGAAAGGGGAGGGGCAGGAGGAGGAGCCUUAUGGACCUGGACCCAGCCUCAGACCUCAGAAUGUUGGUAGUUGGCGAGAGGGCGGGGGCAGGAAUCUGACCACAGGAGCCAGCCCUUCUGAGAUGGACAGCCGUGGGCCAGAGGAGGGAGGGUCGGCUUUCAGCACCCCCUCACCCCCUGGGGAGGCGGAGGAGGGGGGCAGGGUGCCCCCUAAUGAGAAGGGAGAAGUCAGGGAGAGGCCGCCCCUGUCUGUCCAGCCUGCAACCCUCUCCUCCCAGUCCCAGCUACAAUCAUCCUCCUCUGUGCCUGCCCAGCCUAAACUCAACGGGGGCCAGCAGGCCUCUGCCGGGGUGCCUCCCCAGUUCCACCCACAGUUCAGGGGCAUGAUGCCACCUUAUAUGUUCCACGCGUACCCCAGAAUGCCCUUUGCUCCAGUGCCAGGGAACAUAAGAUACCCUGUUCCACAGGAUGGAGCCAGGAGGGUCCGUCCCCAGCAGGGCCCCCCCCAGGCCUGGCUCAAGGAUCCAGACAGACCCUCCAUCAUCAGCGCCACAGAGCUCAAAGAGCUUGACAACCUGGACACUGAAGCUGACGAGGGCUGGGCUGGAGCUCAGAUGGAGGUAGACUACACAGAGAAACUCAACUUCAGUGACGAUGAGGAGAACCAAGCCGCCAAGGGGAAAGGAGAAAACUGGGAGUGGAUCGGUAAAGUGAAGCGGAUGAGGCCGCCACGCCCCUCAGAUGGCCAGGAGGGCAGCAAAGGCUCAUGGGUAGAUGGAAGGGACCCCAGGGCGCCCUCCCCAGGCACUAUGGGGCAGUACAAGACCGGCCCACCACAGGACUACCAGGGUCAGCCAGGUGGGCGCUUGGUAGGCAGCAGAGCCCCUCGCGUGGUCAAACCCCCCACCGCAGCUCCCUCUGGCGAGGAGGAUUCAGAGGCCUGGCGCCAGCAACGCAAGAAGCAGGACCUGUCGGAAGCAGUAGAAAGAGCCAGGCGGAGGAGAGAAGAGGAGGAGAAGAGGAUGGAAGAGCAGAGACUCGCCGCCUGCGCAGAGAAACUCAAGCGCCUUAACGAGAAACUCCGCCCAGCAACAGAGGCCACGUCCGUCCCUGCCCCAGAGACAACCAAUGAAGAGAUGAGAGCUGUGUGUGAAGACACACCCCCUUUGUCUGUUCCUCCCCCCAUCUCCAGCCCUGCACCUUCUCAGGCUGGCCCUCUCCCACAGCCCCUGACCAUACCAGCCCCUCUCCAAGACAGAGAGAGGAUGGAAAGAGAGAGGAUGGAAAGAGAGAGGAUGGAAAGAGAGAGGAUGGAAAGAGAGAGGAUGGAAAGAGAGAGGAUGGCAAGAGAGAGGAUGGAAAGAGUAGAGCCUAGUGCGGAGGAGAGUCAGUUUGUGCCUCGCCAGCCCAGCCCUCCAGUUCAAAGACCAGAGUCCAUACCCCCAGAGCCUCAGCUCGGAGAGGGCCCCCUAGGUGAGGUGGGCCCCCUAGGUGAGGUGGGCCCCCUAGGUGAGGUGGGCCCCCUGAGCGAGGUAAGCCACCUGAGCGAGGUAAGCCCCCUGGUGGAUGAGAGCCAGACUGAGAGACUGAUUCCCAUGCCUAUCCGAGAGUACUUCAGCACCGAUGAGAGUAGAGUGGAGGAGCGUGUGCCCCUGUCUCUGCACCGUAUGGACCCCCCCAUUGGAGAGGACAUCCCGGUGGCCCCCCCAGACCUGGAGGUAGAGGCAGGGGCUGCCAUACGCCCCUCUCUCACCUCGGGAUACUCCAAACAAUUCCAGAAGUCUCUGCCCCCACGCUUCCUCAGGCAGCAGGAGCAGAUGAAGCAGCAGCAGUGGCAGCAGCAACAGCAGCAGGGUGGUGGAGGAGGAGGAGGUGGUGGUGGGACUGUGUCCCCAUCAGGAGGAGGUGCGGGUGGAGGAGGAAGUGUAGCUACCCCCCAGCAGCAGCAGCACCGCUCCCUGUACCAGCCCAUUGGCCCCCCUCACCAUCAGCAGCACCUGGCUAACAUGGGCUUUGACCCCCGCUGGCUCAUGAUGCAGUCAUACAUGGACCCCCGCAUAAUGUCUGGAAGACCACCGCUCGACAUGCCAAACAUGCACCCUGGACCUGGGCGGAUGGGUCCUAAGCAGAUAGUUCGUAGAGAAGCAGGGGACAAGUCCAGCUCCAGUUCUGACUCCUUUGACCACCUGACCAGGCCAAUACGGGACCACAGUCUCCCCUCUGAACCACGUACGGUGUGGGGGUCUGACCCGUACGCACAAACUGAUCCCCUAACCUCUGUCACUCCCCCUAAAGGAUGGGAGGACAAGGACACCAGGUUGGACUCUGGGUUGGAGCUGGACCGAGGUUCACCAGUUAUUUACCCCAGCCAGGAUAUCAGUCCUCUUGAGCCCCGCAGCAAGACUGACUUCUUCAGAAACCCCACAGAGCCCCUGUCAGGGUUUGGUCCGGGCCCCGAGGAGGCUCCAGGAUCCCUGCAGACAGAGAGAGGGCCUGGUGAGUCCCCCUUUGAGCCAGAGGAGCCUUGCCUGCCCACUGGAGAGGAGGUUGAGGCUCUGGGACAGGCCAUGCUACAGAGGACCAUCUCCCAGGGCUCCAGCCACUCACUCAAACUGGACGAGCCUAGGUUCGACAGCCUCCCCUUGGGCACAAAGACACUUGAGCUCCAGGAUGCAGGGGAGAGGCCAGGCCCAGACGAACUGAAUCCUAGGAAAGAGCCUUUCUCCCAGGCUGCUGUGGCCAACAACAGGCCCAACCCUCCAUCCGACAGCCUCCACAAGCCAGAGAAGCUGCCCUUGUCAGCCCCUAGCAAGCAGAAGGCUGAGUUGCGUUUGGGAGGGAGGUCAGUGGCCGGCCGGAGGGAAGGGACAGGGGGUGAGAGGCCUGUACGCAGGUCUGGACCCAUUAAGAAACCUGUACUCCGAGACAUGAAGGAAGAGAGAGAGCAGCGGGAGGAGAGAGAACGACACAGAGAGAGAGGGGAGAGACCCAAGAAGGAGGAGCGAGGAGGAGCAAAAGCUGCCUUCGCAGCUGCUGCUGUGUCUGGGGCCCCCAGGGACAGGCCCCAGGGAGAAAGAGAGAGGGACAGGGAGAGGGAUGGGAAGAGGGAGUCCCCUGAGACUGAGGAGGGGUCUAUGAAUGGCCCCCAGAGAUCCAGAGACACACAGGCCCUAUCAGGAGCACAGACACCAGCCUCCCAGGACAACAAGACAGACAAACCAACAACCAAUGAUAAACACCCUGAACCUAAACUAUCCUGUAGGAAGGAGUCCAACCUACCUCCAAGGGCCUACCGCCGUGAGGAGAGGGAGAGAGAGAGAGAAAGGGAAAGGGAUCGGGAAAGAGAGAUGGAGCGGGACAGAGAGAGAGACUGGCCGGCUGAUGGUUUUCGAGCCAGAGGCAGAGGGGAGUACUACUCGCGAGGACGGAGUUUCCGGGGGACUUACAGUGGUCGAAAUAGAGGUGGCCGGGGUCGUAGUCGAGGGGAGUACCUUUACCGGGAGCCACGCUCGCGCUCAGACCUCCCAGCCGCCGGUGGCGGCAUUGCCUUCCGCUGCUGUCGUGAAGAGAGCGAGACGCGCAGCGAGAGCUCCGACUUCGAGGUGAUGCCCAAACGCAGGAGGCGCCGUGGCUCCAAUACCGAAUCAGAGAGUGAAGGAGGACGGGAGUCCGCUAGCGACACGGGGGCUUCAGACCGUGAGCCCAGCGCUAAACCACCCCGGCCGCUCCGCAGGGAACUACCAGGAGAGCCCCGCUCCGGACCACACAAACCUGGCUUUGGACCCCCUCACCUGGGAGAGAAAGGAGGGCUCAGGGGAGGAGACGAGGAGGGUAGGCCCAAGCCAGGCUUCCUGCCCAAAGGAGAGCCGUCACGGCGGGGGAGAGGGGGCCUGUACAGCAGGCGAGGGGGAACCAGGGAGAGAGGAGGUCCUAGGUCAGCUCCUCUCAGACGACCAGGAACCAGAGAGUUGUCCUCCCAGUGGCCCUCAAGACCCAUGGAGACCUUCCGCCCUGAGGACACAGAACCCUCAUCACGCUACGACAAUCGGGACACCCACUCUGACCGACGGCCUGUACGAGGGGACAGAGACCGUCCUUUCGAGGUGAAGAAGUUUGGUGAGGGGGGACCACAGAGUAGCAGAGACAGAGAGAGGCCCCGUCGUCCUCGUCCAGCCCGACCCCCCAGACAGGACAAACCCCCCCGCUUCCGGAGGCUGAAGGAGAGAGAGGCUGCCGUCUUAGCUGGAGGAGAGACAGGACCUGUACCCACCUCCACUGCCUCCCUCCCAGCCUUAGUGCGUGCCUCUGGGCCUGGCCCUGUCUCCCUGUCCCCUACCCUCUCCAGAGCUUCAGGGACCCCUGUCACCAUGCCUGUAGAGGGGGGACCCACAGCCGCUGACCUGCACCUGACCUCUGACCCAGCCCUGCCUGAUGCCACCGCUCCCACCACCUCUGCCAUGGGCACCAAGUCACCUGACUUUUCCAACCAGAACUCUUCUGACCAGGCCAACGAGGAGUGGGAGACGGCGUCAGAGAGCAGUGACUUUAACGAACGGAGAGAACGAGAGGAGAGGAGGGGAGCGCUGGAGGCUGCUAACGCAGCUACCCAGCCCUCGGCCCCAGCCCCCCUACCCCCUCAAGGCUCAGCACCCCCCAGUAGGACCCCCACUGAGGGAGGGAUGACGCCCAAACGCGAAGCAGCGGGGCCUGCCUGGGCCAGGAGGAGUUUCUCCAGUCAGCGUCCGGUGGAGAGGCAGAAUCGCAGGGGGAACAGCGGACCCAAACCAGGCCGUGGCUACACUGGGGGGAAGGGAGAGAGGAGAGGAGGGACCAAGGCUGGACGCAGAGGAGCUGCCCCUAACCCAGACUCAGCCCCAGGUGGGGGAGCAGUGCGCCCUGAGGGUAAAGAUCCAUCUGGACGCAGGAAGGACGAUGCCAAACAGACCAAACAGAAACCCAAGGAGAAUGCUUUGUUGCAGUUUGACCUCAACAACUACGCCAGUGUGGUGAUCAUAGAUGACCAUCCAGAGGUGACUACCUUAGAGGACACCCAGUCUAACACUGCAGACGACGGCUUCACUGAGGUGGUCUCACGUAAACAACAGAAACGACUACAGGACGAGGAGAGGAGGAAGAAAGAAGAACAGACUACACAGCACUAUGGGAAGAAAGGAUCAGGGGAGAAGGGGAGAGGAGGAGGAGGCAAGCUGCCUCCCAGAUUCGCCAAAAAGCAGCAGCAGCAACAAGCAUCGCAACAACAGCAAGCCUCACUGCCACAGCCCCCACCCCCCCCCAAAAAAAACAAGCCCCAUCUCUCUGCCCCCCAGUUCCCUCCCCCUUCCCAGCCUGCUGCCUCUCCCCAGACUCUGGAGGGCUCUUUAACCCCUCUACCCUCCGCCCUGACCCCCACCAUUGUGGACUUCAGCUCUAAGACCUCCCUGCCACCUGUGGCCCUAGCCACGCAGCCCCACAGCACUCUGGGUACGGAACUCUGGGAAAACAAGGUGGCCGGAUCCACCGUCCUGCCCGACAUCAAGAAACUUGGACCUAUCAGCCCUCCUCAGCCUCCUUCAGUCAGUGCCUGGAACAAACCUCUCACCACCUUCACUGGUGCCGUCACUCCUGAGGGAGUCAAACCUGGCUCAGAAGGCAGUGUGGAUCUGGGGAUGGACAGGAUCCAGUUUGGAGCCCCGUCCUCAGCUGGCAGUACAGACAGCGAUGGUGUACCAGCCAUGCUAGAGACUGGACCUGACAACAAACUACCUGCUCCUAAAGAACAGAGACAGAAACAGCCCCGUGCGGGGCCCAUCAAAACACAGAAGAUCCCUGACAUGGAGCCUAAGGAGUACAAGCCUGGCCCUAUCGGUAAAGAACGUUCCCUCCGUAACCGCAAGGCUAAGGACAUCCAUGGGGGGGAGGGAGAGGGUCUGGAUGGGGGGAUAGCACCAGGAGGAGGGGCCAGCAGAGCGGUGGACUCCAGCCCUACCAACACCGACACCUCUGUUCCUGAGCUGGGGGGUGACAUCGAGGGGAUGAUCACCAUAGCCUCUGCAGAGUAUGCCAGCAGUUCCAAGGAGUCAGUGACUGACUACACCACCCCUUCGUCGUCUCUGGCUGACAGCGUUCCUACUGGAGGGAGUAAGAUGGAGGAGAGCCUGGUAGCCAACGUGCCCCUGCCCCACUCUCUGCCUCUCCCUCGUAGAGAGGCGCUACAGCAGAGCUCCAGCCUCAGUACUGUCUCUCCUGCUAGCGUUGACCUCACACUGAAGAUGGAGUCAGCUCGUAAAGCGUGGGAGAACUCCCCCAGCCUGGUAGAGAAGAGCUCUCCUGUCACCUCCUCUUCUCCCAUCACCUCCUGCACGUCCUCCUCCUACUCCUCCUUCUCCUCUGCCUCCAUGCCUCAGAUACCAGUGGCUUCCGUUACGCCAAGCACCUCUCUGACAGGUGCUGGGACCUACACCACGUCCUCUCUGAGCACUAAGACCACCACGGCCUCUGACCCCCCCAACAUCUGCAAGGUGAAACCCCAGCAGCUGCAGACUGGAUCCAUGAGCGGGACCAGCUUCUCCCAGCUGGGCUGUGUGGCCCCCUUGCUGCCCCAGCAGAAACAGACUCCACAGGUCUACGUCUCCCAGUCUGCAGCAGCCCAGAUUCCAGCGUUCUACAUGGACACCAGUCACCUGUUCAGCAACCCCCGCCUGGCACCUCCCUCUCUGGCACAGCAGCAGGGCUACCAGCCUAGACUCUCACAGCCUUAUAAGGCCUUAUUUUCUCCCCUCCAGCAGGCAGCGGUGCAGCAGAUUCCAAUCCCCAUCUAUGCUCCCCUGCAGGGCCAGCACCAACACACACACCAACACACACACUCUCACCAGGCCCAGCUAGGCCUCAACACCGGACCUCCCGUCUCCCAGCCACAGGACCUCUUCAGCUCCUCACUGCAGCCUUACAGGUCUCAGCAGGCCUUUAUGCAGAGCAGCCUGUCCCAGACCAGCCCCAUGAUGUUAUCAGGGCCGUCUCUCCACAGCUACCCCGGGGUUGGGGGCCCUGACCUGGGCAAGCCUCAGUCCAGCCUGGCCUACCAGCAGCCCUCCAACACACACAUCCCCAUCCUGUUUGAACCACAGCUCAACCAGCCCUCUGGCAUGGGAGGAUCCCAGCUGAUAGACACACACCUACUGCAGCGUCAGGGGAUGAGUCAGCAUUCUAACCUGUACUCGGGGCAGGUGCAGCAACACGGACAGAGCAGUUACUAUAGUAACACACAGUCUCCUAGCUCUGCCAUGCAGCAGGUGCAAGUCCCUCUGCCGGGCUCCCAGCUAGGUCUUCCUAACUAUGGUUCUGGGGGUGGCCAACCCCUCCUGGCGCUGCCCCCCACCCCUCCCCAGGCUCAGCCCCCCAGCCUCAGCCGCCAGCCCCCUGUCUCUCAGCCCUACAGGGGUCCCUUUGGACCCGGACCCACACACAGCAUGAUGCAGCCUCCCUCCAGCAAGAUGUGUGAGAUGGACCUGAAGCUGUUUGGCAGUGGGAUGGACAUGAAGCCUGGAACUCCUCCUCACAGCGCUAGGAGCACUACCCCUACAUCUAGUCCUUACAGGGCCAGCUCUACAUCUCCCAGCAGCCAGUCCAGUAAGAUGAACAGCAUGCUGUACCAGAAACAGUUCCAGCCCAGCUCUGCUGCCAUGAGGGUCACACAGCACUUCCCUGGACAGUUCAACCCACAGAUUCUGUCUCAGCCCAACAUGGUCUCUCCUCUGGUGCGCCCUCCCCCCCACACCCAACAUGCUAACUCAUUUGGUGGAGGGAUGCAGCGUUCGCCAAUGGGCCCACCACCCAUGUCUCCCUCUCUGGGAGGAGGGCUGAUGCCUCACCCCCGGCCGCUACCGCAGCAGCAGCAGUUCCCCCAGCAGCACCUCUCCCACCCCCCCAGAGGGCCUCCUCCCCCCCUCGCACCUCGAGGCCCACCAGGUCCCAGAGGCAACCAGGCAGAGCAGGACCUCAAGGCGAAGCAGCGAGCCGAGGUGCUCCAGUCGACUCAUAAAUUCUUCUCAGAGCAGCAACUCAAGGCUCCGUCAGUCUCCAAACCCUCUCGUCUUGACCAGGGGGGAGGAAUAUCCCCCCUCGACAUCCUGCCCCCCAACCACCAGACCGUAGGAGUCGUGGAGCGCCCUGAGCCCGACAAAUCCUCUCUGUCGGUGGGCAAGCCCAUCCGGACCGGCCCUAUCAAGCCCCAGGCCAUCAAACCAGAGGAGGGGAAGUAGAGCCUCAACAUUCUCCACAGAAGGCGAGGUGGAGAAAUAAUCCAGCUGCUCCACUCAUUCACACAAUCACUCGCUCUCACACAUCACCUGUGCUGUUGUUGGAGAGGGGGGGGGAGAAAGGGAGGAGAGGUGGGGUGUGUAAGUCUGAAUGAGAGGGCUACUGUGUGUGCUCCAACCUCCCACCUCUCUCCCCCUCUCCUUCUCUCCUGUCCUCCACUAUUGGGGGUCUGUGUGUUUUCGGCGGAAGGCUGCGCCGUAAGCUGUACUUCAAAUGUCUACCGCGAUGGUAGAAAAAGAGGAAGCGAAAAAAGAAAAGAUAUGAGAUUCGCUGCUGAGUUUGCCAUUUUUAUAGCUCUAUGAUUUCGGUUCCUUUCCUUUUCUCAGUUGAAUCACAUGAAGACAGGGCUCUUCUUUUUGUUAACAAAAGAAUGUAUCAAUCUUUUGUUUUUGUAGUUGAACAAACAAUCUUAUUUAAAGCGAUGUCUUUUAGUGAAGCACAGACACGUUCUAUUCCCCUGCCUGUCCUCCUCCCAUCAUUACUAACACAGAGCUAUGUGAGUGUGUACAAUCUCUGCAUGAUCACCACACACACCUUCCCCCUAGUGCUCAAAGGUUUCACCAAUAUUACUUAAAGAGAAACUGAAGUAAUUCAGUUUUUUUUUCUUUUCUAGAGAGGAAAUGUAAGAUGCAGCAGUUGAUCGAUUGAUUUAUUGAUAAGUCUGCCUUCCCUCCUGCUUUCUGCUCUCAUUUCUUUGCCUGACAUGGUGGUGUAUGGGUGUGUGUGUGUUUUUGUGUUUUGCGUGUUGCGUGUUGCACACGUGGGCAGGCUAUUGCCCGGUUCUCUGUAUCUUUAGCCAAAGGUUGAGCAGCGCAAAGAUGUCACAGAGCCUUUGGAAAUCCCCGUUGCUAUGGCAGCAGAGUGGAAGGGGAGUUAUUAUGGGUUGUCGGUAAACCCUGAAUCCAGUCUAGGGAUAAGUCUCACACACUCCCCUCUUACAUUUCCCUCCCAGCCUCCCUCAAGAGUAAGGAGAGUAGAAUACACCUAUAAUACACUCCUCCACCACCGUUCACACACCCAUCCUCGGUGUCUCUCAUACACACACUUUACUGUAGGGCACCCUACCCUGCUGCUACUGACAGAAAGAGAAAGUGAGUACUGGUGCCCUUAGCCAGGACACACAGCAGGAGAGGGCUAGAGAGUGGUGGAGGGUUUAAUUUUAAAAACUGUAGAAACAGAAAAUCAUUCAGUGUGGCAUUCUGUUAACCCUCACCAAAAGGAAAAGAGACUGACCGAGAGGGGGAGGAAGAGAACAGCAUAAGAAAAAAGCCUCCAGAUUUGAACUGUAGUCUAUGGUUCUGCUGUGUUCCGGGGCAGAAGGACAGGUGUUAGUGUUGAGAGGAGAGAUCGUCCCUGUCUUCUCCUGUCUCUCCAGCUCACUCAGUCUCACUCAAGCCUACACCGCUCACUCAUCUCGGGUUUACCAUGGUGAGAAGGGUCCUUCAGAAAUGUACAGUAGUAUGCUCCCCUAGUGGGUAGGGGCCUAUGGAGCCAGUUGGCCCACUCUAACCAGAACAUGGAAUGAGAAUUGUGUAGGAGGGAGUGGUGGAGAGUGUGAUCAUGAUGAUAAUUAGUUUAGUUUUACUUGUACAGGGGGUACAUCGCUGUAUUAAAAUAUGUACGGUCUUAUUUACAUUCUUGGUUUGGUUAAAGAAACUAAUAAAAUAAUAUGCUGUUAAAAAGUGAA